CUGCUCUGCAGUCUGGUCCAGUCUGCAGUAUGCCUGUAGUCUCUGGUCAUCCCCUGUACCGUGUCCGCAGUCUCUGGUCCUCUCCUGUACCGUGUCCGCAGUCUCUGGUCCUCUCCUGUACUGUGUCCUCAGUCUCUGGUCCUCUUCUGUACCGUGUCCGCAGUCUCUGGUCCUCUCCUGUACCAUGUCCGCAGUCUCUGGUCAUCUCCUGUACCGUGUCCGCAGUCUCUGGUCAUCUCCUGUACCGUGUCCGCAGUCUCUGGUCAUCUCCUGUAGUAUGUCCGCAGUCUCUGGUCAUCUCCUGUAGUAUGUCCGCAGUCUCUGGUCAUCUCCUGUAGUAUGUCUGCAGUCUCUGGUCAUCUCCUGUACUAUGUCUGCAGUCUCUGGUCAUCUCCUGUACUAUGUCCGCAGUCUCUGGUCAUCUCCUGUAGUAUGUCUGCAGUCUCUGGUCAUCUCCUGUACUAUGUCUGCAGUCUCUGGUCAUCUCCUGUACUAUGUCUGCAGUCUCUGGUCAUCUCCUGUACUAUGUCUGCAGUCUCUGGUCAUCUCCUGUAGUAUGUCUGCAGUCUCUGGUCAUCUCCUGUAGUAUGUCUGCAGUCUCUGGUCAUCUCCUG